AUGUCGAAACCAAAAGUUCUUUUCGUCGGUUGUGGCGCCGUGGGCUUAAGUCAGGGUUAUCACCUCUCCGCUGGUGCAGACAUCACCUACCUCGUACGGCCCGGUCGUAAACCAGCAUUUCUACCCCCGAAGCAACUAUACGCGUACAAGACGGAUAAACUACAUACUUUCUCGUCGUACCGUGUUAUCGAGUCAGUCUCCGAGGUCAAGGGCGAGACCUUCGCUUUCAUUUUCGAUACUUUGGACGGCCACACCGCACGCUCCGAGAAUGGAGUCGCAACGAUCCGCUCGGUAGGCAAUCUCAUAAACGAGCCACAGAACAAGGAGUGCUUUGUCGUCUUCGAUGCCGUCGGCCUAGACAUGGACGAGCACUACGCCAGCAAUCUGCGCGUGCCGAAAUCUCGCCUUUUGAUGGCGGCAAGCAUGCUUGCGCAUCAGCCUACGCCCCAGAUCUCGAUACCUGCUACGGCAAGCAAGGAUCUUGUAGCCAAGGCAGAUAUGCUGUAUGCUCCUGGGAUGCCCGGUGUAGGUCUUAUGGUAGGCAACACACAACCCACGCUUGUCAAGAAAGUCUCUGCGAUCUAUAACGUCAAUGGCGCGCUCGUUAUUAGCACGAUUCCUGCUUUCGUCAUGGCCCCAUUUCAGUCGAUUGUACUCCUUCAUCUGGUUGUCUGGGAUAUUGACGGCUUCGGACCGUUCUCGCACCUCCGUUCGAACAGCGAACUCUGGAGCUUGCUUCUACGGGCUCAGACAGAGAUUCUACGACUUCCACGCUACGGCUGGACGGGCUGGUUUCUCUCACUUGUAAUGGGGAGUUGGGCAACGGAGAAGGCGAUAACGCUACCUGGGCAAGGCUCGAAGCCGCUUGCUUAUCAUGAGUUCAAUGCGUUUCAUCAUGGGGGUAAAGUCGCGAAGCAGGAUCUUAUGAUUUUGGAAGAGGUAUUGGAUGAUGGGGAGAAGUCGGGAACGAAGAUGGAAGCACUGCGGGAAGUUGUGAGGAGGAAUAAGCGCGAAAUCGAUAGUGCAGAUCGAACAUUGUAUCUGAAUACACAUAUAUUUUCAAAAGGGCACUAA